GUCAGUAAAUGUGACGGAACGCUGACUAGGACCAUAACCAUGCCACACCUAAGCUCCAGGCCAGCAAAAUUUGACAUGUGGACGCCCUGUCAGCAAAAAAAAAAAAAAAUUAUCUCCCCCACAUUGAUUUCUUCUCUCUCCCUUGCUCCAACAUCAAACAAAAGGAGGAAAGGGGAAAAUCGAGUUCUGGGGAUUUUGAGAAGAAGUUGGCUCUUCCCCUGCCAACUGCUACCACUGAGAAGAAGCUUAUUAGGCAAAAGAGAUUUGGAUCCACAACCGCUAGCGGAAGCUCUUCACCACAUCAAUUUCGAGUAUCAGCGGCAAUGGUUGCAUCCACAUGCGUCUUCUCCUCCUGCUGCUACUUCCUCCCAACCGCACGCCUGAGAAAAUCGGCGAAUCCCAUUGCGGGAAUCGGCGAGUUGGAGAAACACGCCGGCGAUUAUAGCUUUUUAAACUCUCGUAGACAGAAGACGAGGAGGAUAAGGUUUGUGGUCGGGUCGAGUUCGGGCAAGAAACCAGACGAACCAUCAUCGUCAUCGAUACCGUCUUGGACAGACCCCAAUUCAGACGAACCGCCGCCGAGGGCUACGGGAGAAGCCGCCAAAGUGACGACCGGCGGGGAAGAAUUUAAGAUCCCCUUCUUCGCUUAUCUCCUCGCCUCCGCAAUCACUGCAAUCGCCGUCAUUGGGUCGGUGUUCGAGUACGUGAACCAGAAGCCGGUUUUCGGGGUGCUUGACCGACAGUUAUGAAUCCGAGUUGAAGGUUAGGAGAGAGAUUGACGGGGGGAUUCGAAGAAGAAAGGGGGAGAUCGAAGGUUGGGACUGAGAUGCAGAGAAGAAGAAGGGUAGAUAUGAGGUUGGAAGAGAGAUUGAUGGGGAGAUUCAAAGAAGAAGGGGGAAGAUGGAAGGUCGCGUCUCUUUCUCUUUUUGUUUUUGUAUUUUAAUUUUUGUUAUUUUUUCUUUACAAUCCACGUCAUUUGGUGGGGUAAAUCAAUCGCCAACUCAGCUUCUACCGUUAGUAUUGUUGCCUGUUUUUGUUUUCUGUUGUGGUUUUCAAGAUUGGAGAAACCAAGAAAAAAAAACAUGUUUGGUUGGGUUUCUAUUUUUUGUUGUGAAUCAUAUUUGCACAACAGGGCCCAAAUUUGAGAAACGACAAUUUAUUGCUUUGGAUUUGAUUCUUGUACAUGUUUUACAAGGGAUUCCCGUUUGUUUUCAUUAAAACAACCCUCAAUUCGAAUCCCACCUAAAGCAAAAAAAUUUCUCAUUUUUGUAACUCUCAAACCCACCUCCAAACCCUAGUCGGCCAACCCUACCCUCAUUUUCUUCCAAACCCGCCGCCCAACAGCUCUUUCCCUCUCUCAACUUCUUCCUCUCGAGACCCAGGCCGCCGAUAUCGUCCAUCUCCCCCCUCGCCGCCGAUUUCGUCCCUUUGCCCCCGCCGUCUCCCUUUCCCAUGUCGCCCGACCUCGCAACCCCUGCCGCCCUCCUCUCGAUUCCCGUCACCUCCCUUUCCUUCCGCCACCUCCUCUCGAUUCCCCGUCGCCGACUUUGAAUCGUUUCCCCCCACCGUCGCCUCCUCUCUUUUCUGAUUUUUAGUUCUAAUAGUAGUAACUGAACGUUUUUGUUUCUUGUUGUCUGUUUCAUUAUUUUUCAGAUUAUCAACUAAAUAUGUUGUGUUUUCUGUUUUUUUCCUGUUGUGGUUGUACAUCUGUUUACACAACACCACUGCAACCACAACAUCAACAAACUAAACGGGGCCUUUCUCUUUUUGUUUCUGUUUUUGUAUUUUAAUUUUUGUUAUUUUAAUUUUUGUUAUUUUUUUCUUUACAAUCCACGUCAUUUGGUAGGGUAAAUCAAUCGCCAACUCAGCUUCUACCGUUAGUCUAGUUAUACCAUCAACUGACGCCGUUAACAAAAUGGAUGGAAUUGA